GGAAAUUUUGUGAAGGAAAGUGUCCAGUAGAUCCAGCCAUGUCGCGCAUUAGUGAUCAAUGCCUUCCUCGAUUACAACCUGUAUGACAACGCUUACAGAUGCUGCUGCUGUCUUGCCAUUAACUACGACAUUUAACAGGAGGUAUAUACUUGAAACCGAGUCUUCCAAAGAGGCUCUGACACCAUGCUAGCCACAGUAACCGCUGUGGUAAAGUUUGCUCAGUACAAUGACAACAUCUCACCUACACCACCUGAGAACACAUCAGCAUUCCCAACUUGGCAGCCUGACAGUGAAGCCAACAUCAGCAAGCCUCACAAAUGUCUGCAGUUUCUGUAUGAAGACAUUGGCGACUCCAGGGUGCGGUUCUGGGACAUUUUGCUGCUGGUGCCUAAUGUGACCUUCUUUGUGUUCUUGAUGUGGAAGCUGCCCUCAGCCAGGGCAAAGAUUCGACUCAACUCCAGCCCCAUUUUUGUCACCUUUUACUUGCUGGUUUUUGUUGUCGCAGCAGUUGGAAUAACCAGAGCUAUUGUGUCCAUGACUGUCAGUGCAUCCAGUGCUGCCACCAUUGUAGAUAAAGUGCUGUGGGAAAUCACCCGCUUUUUCUUGCUCGCUAUUGAGCUCAGUGUCAUCAUCCUGGGAUUGGCCUUUGGUCACCUAGAGAGUAAGUCCAGUAUAAAGCGUGUACUGGCUAUUACUGCUGUGUUGGCUUUGGCAUACUCCAUCACACAGGGCACCCUAGAGAUACUGUAUCCAGACAGUCACCUGUCUGCGGAAGACUUCAACAUCUAUGGUCAUGGAGGGCGACACUUCUGGUUGGCCAGCUCCAGCUUCUUCUUCCUGGUGUACUCCUUGAUUGUGAUCCUGCCUAAAACUCCAGUGAGGGAGAGGAUUUCUCUGCCAUCUAAGAGGAGUUUCUACGUGUAUGCUGCCAUUCUGUCUUUACUGAACUUUGUUCAGGGCCUGGGCAGUGCUCUGCUGUGUGCUGGAAUCAUAGAGGGACUCUGCUGUGUGGAUGUCACCACAUUCCUGUAUUUUUCCGCCUUUGCUCCACUCAUUUAUGUCACAUUCCUUAAAGGCUUCUUUGGGUCAGAGCCCAAGAUCCUGUUCUCCUAUAAGUCUCAGGUGGACGAGCCGGAUGAAAGUGACGUCCACCUUCCUCCAACAGUUGCGGCAGCCAUUGGCCGCAAGGACCUGACCGAUCAGGGCCUGUACUACUCUUCCACCCAGAUCGAUGGCUCUGGUCCCAGCAGCUCUCGUAUGGUUGGAGCGUAUCUGGAUGAUGUUGCAUCUGGACCCUAUGGGUCCAGCAGCAUUAACAGCAUCGAAGCUGAUCGCUGGAGACCUAUCAAUGUGUGAAAGGAUGGAGCGGAGAGAUAGCUAUACAGACAAAUUGUGCAAAUGUAAUGAAUUUGUCUCGAUUACAAUCACUGAAGUUUUGCAAAAAAAGACUUUGCAGAACCAAGCGAUUGGACACCAAGGAAGAGCAAUCUUGGUCUUGCUUUGACGCCAAAAUAAGUUAAUGAAUGGACAUGCACGGAGAGACCUUUGCUAACCAAUUUCUGAAGGACAGAAUUUAGCAUUUGCUUUUGUAACACAAUUGCCAGAGAGCACGGCUGCUGUAGCUCCACACUAGGAGUGUUGUCCUUGAUUGUGGCGCUGAAAGGCUUGAUAUUAUUUCUGUUCCACGGGCUCUUAGAUGUUCGUACUUAACGACUUGUCUGAGCAUAUUUUCUGUAACUCUAGCGCUAAGAAGCACCUGCUCAAUCCCCAUUGAUGGGGCUUUCACCCCAUUUUAAAUACCCAAAUCUGCAAAAUCAAUCUAACAUUCUCUGGAUUUGAAUCUUGACAUCUGUGCAUUCCUACCAAGAGUUUCCAGUAAUAGCUUCUUGCUGUUUUUGUCAUAAGGUGCCUUGUGUUAGACACGUGGCUGAGUUAGUUCAUCAGUUUCUACUGAUCAGUCCAUCUUUGAACACAAGGACUUCAUUUUGUUUUGUGAACUUAAAUAGUUCCUGUCCUUGCUGUUAACAAGUGAAUGGUGUGUGUUAGAUGUGUGUCACUGCAAUAUGAUAAACACCGUAGUAACUCCUAAACACAGACAUUUCAUUUGAAGGUCAUGGGGCAUUUGAAAGGCUACGAAGGGCUGAGACACAGAAACGCUUCUUAAACAUAAAAUUCCCUCUCACUGGUAUGCUCUCUACUUUUCAUUCUAUUUAUGUCAGCUUAUGCUUUAAUUUCUUCUACCAGUUAAAUCAUUCCUGCCUCUGAAAUUACUUGUAUUAGCCUCAUACUCAAUGAAUGUGUGUGACUUGAACAGCAAAUGUGUAGAAGCUUUUUUGUGUAUUUCAGUUCAAACAUACUUUCAGUUUCAUAGCAGUGAAAGUAGUUCACCUUUAUUUUCUCCAAAAGAAGUUCCUGGAACAGUCUUGAUUUUUUUCUUGUUAGAAUUGCUCAUUUUUGUAGUAUUUAAUGACGGAACAUUACAGUUUAAAAAUACAAUCAGGACCUUGGACCACCUUUGAGAAAGUGAGGUUCAGGGAAGGAAUGUGAAAUAUGGGUAAUUAAACAGCGAACAAUGAAAGUACUAGACUGUUGCCAACAAGAGCAAAUCUAUUUUGAUUAAUUUUAGACCUGAUUUAAUUGCAUCCCAUUCAUUUGCUAAAAUCUGUACUUCUUACCUUCAAUCAUUACCAUUAUGAAUCCGCUUCUGUCACAUUUAGUUAUGCCUUCUAAGGACGUAUACUUCUACUUUUCCCCCAAUACAACAAUGAUUGCUAUAAAUAGCUUGCGUAUUUAACCUGGCAGUAUUAAUACAAGAAGAUAUUCCCAAAAAUUUGUAGUAUUUGCUUGACUCAGAUAUUUUAUCUGCAAUUUUGAGAGCUGGUGAAUGAUGCGAGUAGCUUGGGGAGAUCAAUGUGAAAAUUAUUUUGUUUCAUUAAUUCACAAAGAUCGCCGCUAUGGAAAAACAUUCAUGUCAUACAAAAACUUUGGGGUCAGUUUGGAUAAUGAUGUUUGAAUUGCCUUUAUUCUUAAGUGCAUUCGUUGUACAGUAAUCUAUUGGUAUUAAUGCAGUGUGUUGACCAUUCCAUGAUCUACAAAAUAAACUCUGGAUUAUUU